UCUCUCUGUCCUUCCCCUAACCCAUAACAAACAAAACCCUGGUUCUUUUUUAGACAGUAACACAUAGGUCAGCAUACCCUAAACAAAACAAACCAAUCCCUCUAAAAUAUUAACCAAAACAGAAUUUUUUUUUUCUUUUCUUUUUACCCAUAGAAUAUACCAUUCAUUCUGUCAUAAAAAUUCAUAUCUCAAACCCAAAUAGGAAAAAAACUUUAUUAAUUGUUUUUCUAUUCAUUACUUUCAACAACAACAAACCCAAUUCAUAGUGUAUGAUCUCUCUGAUUAAUUUGGUUUGGUGUUUGUGUAGUAAUUGAUUCAGAUCUAAAUUGGGUUUUUGGAAAUUUCAAUUGGGUUGGAAGCAUAAAAAAGAUAAGCAUAAGCAUAUAUUUUUGGUACCCAUUUUGUCAGAUUCUCAAAUUCUGUUCUCAUUGAUUACUUUUUUGUACGGAUUUUCCAAAUUGGUUUUUGAAAUUUGUAAGCUUUAUUCCCAUUUAAGCUCAUCUUGUUGUGUUGAAUUUUGAGAUAGAAUGGAUGUGGAUGAUUUUCGAUCUAUUUUAGAUAGUUCAGGGGUUGAUGUUUGGACUUUUAUAAACACUGCAAUUUCUGUUGCAUCUCUGGAUUUUGGUGAUGAAUUGAAGCACAGGAGAGAUAAGAUUGUUGAGAUGUUGUAUGCAUCGUCUGGUAGCUGUAGGAACUGUGAUUUUGAAGUGGGGAGGAUUGAUCAUGGUGGUCUGAUUAAAGAUGUAAAAGGUGGUGGUGGUGGUGGAAGUGGAAGUGGGGGGUCGCCGUUAGCGACUCCGCUGAGGUCUAAUCAUGGUGAUGAGGAUGAUGUUGAUGUUGUUAAUGAUGAUGAUGAGGAGGAGGAUGAUAUGGAUCCAUAUGCUGGAUUGUUUGAUGAUGAACAGAAGAAGAUUUUUGAGAUCAAACAAAAUCUUGAAGAUCCUGACCAGCCUGAUGAUUAUGUGGUUGAUUUGCUUCAAAAUUUAGCUGAUAUGGAUAUAACCUUCAAGGCACUUAAGGAGACUGAUAUUGGAAGACAUGUGAAUCAAUUGCGAAAACAUCCGUCCAACGAUGUUCGGAGAUUAGUGAAGCAACUCGUCAGGAAAUGGAAAGACAUUGUAGACGAAUGGGUGAAGUUAAAUCCGCAAAGAGAGCAUGCAUCCUCCGGUCUUAUGGCUGAUGGGGACUCCCCACAGCCGAAACUUUCGCAGAAUGGUCAUCACCAGGUUCCUGAUUUUGCAUACUCUCCAAAUCCUCACAAUGGGAGCUCUGGGUCCGACAAGUAUAAUUCUGAACCAGAAAGAAAGCCAAAACCAGUUCCUCGAAAAGAAACUCCAUCGCGACCUCUCCAACGAUCAACCCCUGUAUCUUCACCUGCUUUGCAUAAUGUACAGAGACAGAGAGAGCCACAGAGACCAAGUAAAUUUGAUUCCGAUAAGCUAGAUUCUGCUAGGAAGAGGCUUCAAGCGAGUUAUAAAGAAGCCGAAAAUGCCAAGAAGCAAAGAACAAUUCAAGUGAUGGACAUUCAUGAUAUACCAAAACCAAAGAACAAGAAUACCUUCUUUGCCAAGAACAAAGGUGGCGGUUCGCAGGGGAGGCACUGGUGAUUUGAGCCAAUGCCGAUACGAAACGGAUUACGAAGGACACAGGAAAAACCAAAGUCCUAUUUAUCCCAUUUAUAUUGUCUUUUUAAUGGAGGAAAACAUUUUGCCCUAAUUUUCCUUGUGAUUAAAGAAACAAAAACCUUUAACAAGCUCUUCGGAAAAUUAGGGUUUUGAGGUUAUCAUUUAUAGGAAGAUGUGAAUAUUGGCAACUUUUA